AUGAUGAACACUCAAGCAAUGGGCAUUCUAGUCAGCCAGAUAGCUCCAAGCAUCGACAGGUGGUUUCCUGACAUGUCACAACUGGAAGCUGCUUUGCCAGCUGCUACCAUUGAUCACUCCGCGGAGCCACUCUACCAGGAGGUACCUAAGUGGGGGGAAUCUGUUUGGGAAGCAAGAAGCAGAUAUGCUAGUGUAAUCAAGGCUCUUGCUGACAAAUACCCUGAUGAGAACCUACUUCUGGUGACGCAUGGUGAGGGUGUUGGUGCAUCGGUGUCAUUCUUUGAGCCAGGUGUGGAGAUUUACGAGGUGGAGUAUUGUGCCUACUCUGUCCUGGGAAGGCAGCAGCACAAGGUCGGGAUUGAACAAGGAAGCGAGGAGGAAGGGUUGAAGAAUCUGAGAGUGCUGAGCACAAGUGGACCUACAGGCAUCCACUACUACUACACUACCCCAGCACCAUCUGAGGUCCCCGACCGUUAG